AUGUCUAAAAAAGAGAAAAAGUCAACCAUCAAGUUUCAAAAGACAAAGCUUAAGGGCGUUGUCAAGAAGAGAAAGGAAGUCAACAAGUUUAAACGACAGGUGCAAAGACGUCAGAUUCGUCGUGCUGCUUCAAAGCACCAUAGUAAAGAUCAAGGACAAUCCAAUCAAGACGAACCAUCAACUAAAGAAGAGGAAAAAGAAGAAAAUGUCCCACAGAUUAACACUGAAGAUUACUUUUGCAACUUUAUUAUUGAUCCAGAAGAGCAACUUGACUUGAGUGAUGAUGAAGAGAGUGACUUGAAUGUAUUGGAUACUUUUGAAGACAAUGUAAAUAUGGAUGAGGAAGAAGGAGAGGAACCCGCUUUGAGUGAUGAAGAAGAAGAAGAAGAAAGUGAAGAGGAUGAAGAUGAGUAUGAGAGUAUGGAGGAAGAUGAAGAUAUCGAAGAAGAGAAGGAUGAUAAUUCAGAACCAGUGACAAUGGACAUGUUGAAUGAAUGGUGUUUAGCAGCUUCCAAGAAGUCAAUUGUUGCUUGGAAGAAGCUUUUGAUGGCUUUCAGAUCUAUCGUCAGAUCAGGCGACAACACUGAAUUCAGCUAUCAUGUGGGUAGUAGCAAAGUCUAUACUAAACUUGUAAAAUACACGUUAAAGACAGCAUAUCCCAUCUUGAGUAAGCACAUUUAUUUUUUAAAGAAGGAAAAAUACCCUGGCAAGACAAAGAAUUGGCCCAAGUUAGAGAAAGCAAUCCGUUUAUUCCUCAACAACUGUGUUCGAUUCCUUCGAGAGUUAUCUGAUGACGAUAUUAUCCAGUAUGUCUUACAGCAAUUGGAGCCAUGUACACUUUACUUUGGCCCAUUCCCAAAGAUAUUGACAGAAUACUUGCGAGUCUUGCUGGAUCGUUGGUCAGAUGUGGGGCUUUCUGAAGAAACACGACAAUGUUGCUACAGAGCGGUUCGUCAAUUGGGAACGGCAGCACUGGAUGCAAACCGUAAGAACCAUAUGCCAAAUGUUCUGAAGGGAGUUUACCUUGUCUUUGCUCAUCGCGCCACUAAACUGAACGAGACAAGUUUCUCAGUCAUUCAACAAAUGCUGGAAGAAGCAGCAGACCUCUAUACAGUGGAUCAUCAGCUUAGUUAUGAGCAUGCUCAUGUAUAUAUUAGUCAACUAGCUGAUCACUUGAAGAAGGCGAAAAAGGAAAAGACAGUAGAGAGCUUCAAGCGAAUUUAUACUUGGCAAUAUAUCAGCUGUUUAGACUUUUGGGCAAAUGUCAUCUCUGUGACCUGCGAUCCAACCACAGGCGAAACAAGUCCAAUGCAAGCAGUGGUGCAUCCAUUAGUUGACCUUUGCUUACACACUAUGCGUCUGAACCCCGUCUCGCAGUUUCUUCCUCUUAGAAUACAUCUCAUCCGAACACUCAUCACUUUUAUCGAUUCAACAGGCUAUUACAUCCCACUUGCAUCGUACCUGUAUGAAACAUUAUCAGAAGAAGUGUUCAAGGGAAGAUCAAAGCAGGCUGAUUUACCAGAGUUUAAUUGGAAUUUACAUUUAAAGACACCUAAAUCAUACUUACAGACCAAGGAAUACCAAGAUGCGGUCUAUAAUGCAGCCUAUGAUUGCCUUUUAGACUUUUAUGCCUGUCUUGGUCUUUCUAUUGCAUUUCCAGAGCUGGUGAUACCUGCUGUUGAUAAACUCAAGGAAUUUGCAUCAAGAUCAAAGGGAACAAAGUUUGCAAGGUCUCUUCGAGUACUCAUAGAAAGAUUAGAAACACACAAAAACUUUAUAGAACAAAAACGAGCUCCCAUUGAGUAUACCCCUUCAAAGCUAGAAGAAGCCAUGGCUUUCUUGAGAGCAACCGAUUUUGAAGGAACACCUUUGGGCAAAUUCUUGAAGCAAAGAAGCAAACAAAUGGUUUAA